CAUACCAUGGUUACACCCUUGCUCCUUGGUCUUGGCUACCACUAGUCCAGUAGCUCCAGUAGUCUUGGUGACUACUGGUUAUUUUCUGAUAUAGUACUGAUAACUCUACUGUAAUGUUGAUGAUUACCUUCUCAAAAUAUCAAACAUUAUCAAAAAUUAGUAUGGUCUGUGUUAUAGGUUUAACCAAGUACCAUGUUGAAUGUUGAGUUUGCGUCACUCCGUAAACAGGAAGGGAACUGGUAUUUGAGAAGACUACCCCAAGGUGACGAGUUGAAAUUUCAAGAAGGGUGUUGUUUUUUUGUUUUUUUUUAAAACUGUUGUAGGUGGGGAAUUACAAUAGAUUUGUUUGUAUUUGUUCUGUAAGCUUUGAACUCUCGCGGUAGUGAAAUAAGUGUUCUAAAACUAGAAUUAAUAUACAAAAAGACAGCAGCAAAUAUAUUAAACAAAUAAAAGAAUAUUUUCGGCAAGAGACGUCAUCAGGUGACGUGCUCAGCGCACGCGCACUUAAAAGUUCCACCUGGGUUUAUUCAUAACGGACGUUAGCCUUUUGUAAAUUUACAGUUUAUUAGAAACUGUCCCCGUGUUCUACGCAAUGAAUGUGAGCUGGAUUUUCUGCUUCACCUUCCUGCUUCUGAUACACACAGUGUCGGUGCAGAGUGUCCGUGUUGAAGGUUUUAUAGGAGAAUCAGUGAUCUUACCGUGUUCAUUUGACCAGAAGCCACGGACUGUGUUUUGGCGAGACAGUGGAAGCAGGAGGGUGUGUGACAUCAGUGGCAGUAAUGCAGAUUGCAAAGAUCGGGAUUCAGUCUAUAAAGACAGAGUUACAAUUUUUCCACCAGAAAUUGAAAAGGGGAAUUUCUCCAUCAUGCUGAGCAACUUGACGGAAACUGAUUCAGGACUGUACACCUGCACCUCCCCUCAAAUCAAUCCACCAACCCUGAAACUAGAACUAAUUGUUACAGAGAGACAAACCGCACCAGAGGUAAAGGGGACACAAAUUCCACCAGGAAACGGUGAUUCCCCGAGACGUGCAGACGGUCUGUUAACGUUCCUGCUGGAAUGUGCUCUGCUCUACAUCUUAACCUUCUGAAGAAAACCACAAGCUCCGUGUGUACAUUAUCUUCACAUACAGGCAUCAGAGCAAUGUCUUUUACAGAUUUCUGCUCAGUUUAUAAUGUGUAUUUGUUUUGCAGUGUAGUACCCAGUGUUUCCAAAAAGCAGAAUGUCAUCAGCUGUGCAGAAGGUCAUUGUGUUGUGUUAUAGCUUUAGAAACACUUUAUUCAGCACAUUACUCUAUUACUCGCUCACGCUCCUCCUCCUUCUCCCCCUAUCCAUUUUCAUGGGUCACAAUUUUUGACAUAUGGCCAAACAAUUGAGCAUCUUGUACAGGAACAGUGUGCCUCAUUGAUGUAUUGCACUUAUAUAUAUAUAUGUACACACACACACACACACUUUUUUUUUUUUUUUUUUUUUUUUAAACUAGCAUAAACAAUGCUCAGGUUACCUAGUUAUACAUGUUGAAUAUCAGCUCACUUUAACCAUUGCAAACAUAAGUAUUUGGGCAGAUGGUUUUUUUUAAAAAUUUAUUUUAAAGCUGUCUACUACAGCAUAGUGGAGUUGAAAUUAGAUAAUGAAUAUGAGCAAGAUUUUCAGUUUUAAUUUGAGGGUAUUUGCAUCCCAAUCAGGUGAACAGUGUAACACCUUUUCUAUGUGCUUCACUAUGUAAAGGGACCAAAAGUAAUUGGACAAACUAACAAAUCACAAGUUAAAUUGUCAUUUUUAAUACUUGGUUGCAAAUCCUUUGUAGUCAAUGACUGCUUGAAGUCUGGAACAUGUACACAUCACCAGAAGCUGCGUUUCUUCCCUGGUGAUGAUCUUACAGACCUUUACUUCAGCUGUCUUCAAUUCCUGCUUGUUCUUGAAGUGUUUUGCCAUCACUAGGGGAAAUGCAGGUGUUGGUUUCAGAUCAGGUGAUUGACUUGGCCUUUAUGGAACAUUACACUUUUGGCUUUAAGAAAAACUCUCAUACGGAUGAGGAGUUUUCAUGAUGAAGUAUGAGACAUUUUAUUAUUGUGGUAUUGUACAUUUCAUUUAAAAAGUAUUAAAUUUGCUUUUUAGCCAUUACUCUACACACACUAAUCCAUAAAGACACAGGAAAACAUGAUUUUCAAUAUUUCUGCUAAUUUAUUAAAAAUCAAAACUGGAAUCUCUCAUUGUAGAUAAGUAUUCACACCCUUUAUGCAGCAAUGAUCGCUUCUAGUGUUCUUGGGAAGAAGUCGGUUUCUUCCAUUCUUCUGGUCAGAUUCUCUCAAGGACUCCAGUCAAGUUCUAAAUACAUCUCAAGAUAAUCAAAGCAACCAGGAUGCACCUGAACUCAGUUUGGAGCCUUUAGACACAUCAUAGGUCUGUCAUUAUGGAUUAUUGUGUGUAGAUUAAAGUCCAAAAAAACUCAAUUUAAUCCGUUAUAAUUUAGAGAAUUGUGUAAAAACUGAAGUGUUUACCCUCUGUGUGUAUCUUACUGCCUCGGUCCAGUGAUUUUGUUUUUUACUUCAUGCUAUUUAUUUCAUUUUGUAUUUCUAUAAAAUAUAGAUGUGUUCAGAAGGACAUUUUGAUGGCUGUCAGAAAACAGGAACCACAUAGCAUGCACAAAUUUACAUAUACAUGCAGAUUUACAUUGGAAACAUUAUGUUCUAAUAAAACUGUAAUGUAGUACUGUUUUUUAUUUGCUGUAUUUUACAAAUGGUUACAAGAGUAGUAUCUGCUGAACAGUAAAGUGUCCCUGUGAAUGUAGCGUAAAUGUUCCUUAAGUCACGCAAUAAACAUUUCACUUUA